AUAGCCAAUAUAUAUAUCCCUCUCUCUUCAGGGUCCCUCCCCCUGUUGCCAGCAUGCUCCAGCACUCUAUGAUCUCCCCGGGCUCAAAUAUCAACAUUUACUGACCCAUCAAGUGCAAGGACGACACACCUGCCCAGUGUCUCCUGUCACUGCGACCAAGAUGAAGUCUGCCAUGCUACGCUUCCUCGCCCUCUUCCUAUUAAUCACAUCUGGACUUGCCGCCACGAAGCACCCGCAUAACUUCAUGAAGAACUGCCAUGAUUGGGUCUUUAACUCGACCGAGGUAGCCAUUACCGCUUCAUGCCGCGCGGGUUCUGGCAAUGAAUUUUGCUCCAUACUGAAGCUCGACCGCUGCUACGAAAACCGGGAUGGCGAGGUGGUGCCUGUCAAAAUGGGUCGUCUUGCCGAGACAUGCUCCCUGUGGCCAAAGACUGGGUAUACCGACCUUGAAAACUUCCCCGUUCGAUGUCUAAGCCUGACAGGGGGCCUGGUUUUCUCGUACAUUAACCUUAACGAUCAUAUCGGCAGCCAGGACGGGUUCCUGGUCUGCAAUAACGAAGUUGCCUUCCCUGUUUAGCCAGGUGGGUAGAAGCUUGAUUGGUGACAAACAACUUACUUGUUUUGGAAACUCUGAGGG